AUGCACCACAAGGAGCCCACAACACAUCUCUACCGCGCCCUCUUGCGUGAACUGCGCCUCGGAUCGCCGAAGAAGCGUGCAGAGCGCAACCCGCUCAUCGGGCAGCAGUUGCGGGCAAUGGUCGACGAGGCGAUCCAGCGGCCGCACCCGCAGAACAUUGAUCGUGCUAUUCUCGAGGCCCGCGACUUUUUGCGCUCGGCACGGAUACAUGCGGAACUCUUGCAGCGAUACAACCCGACAUUGGGGAUGAGCGAGGAGGAGCGCAUCCACGCGACAGCGCGUCGGGUCGGCCUUGACACGCCCAUCGAGUACAAGGCAUAG